ACAACAUUUUUGUUAAGAAAAAAUUGUUUCAAAUCACCCCCCACUCCGAAACACCCCAUUCAAGGAGAUCCAACAUUUUUUGGACACUCUGUAUAAUUGCAAAUGGGAUUAUCAAGAAUACAUGUGGAACUACAUGGGAAAGGAUUGAUUGCGUUUGGUAAAUUCCUUAUUGAGCUACACCAGAGCAUAGCAAGUUUGCACCAACAAUGGUUUUAAACAAUGAAAGUGUCCAUAAAUUUUUGCAAAUGGGAACAUCACGAAUUCAUCUAUCAUGAAAGGCGGAAGGUUCCAUCGCGCUCGGCUAAACAUACGUGAAAUAGUACGCUUUUUGCGAUAAAAAGUGAUAUAAAGUGGUAAAAAAUAAGACAAGGACAAAUGUUUUGUUAUGGGACCAAAUGGCAAAUGCUCUUCCAGAUGCAAGGAGUUUCAAUCUGAUUGGUCCAUCCGUCUCGGAGUAAGAAGCAAGACAAAAUGUUUCUGUUUAAAAAAAAAAACGGGUAAAAAAUGACAAAUCACAAAAUGUUUCUUUUACGCGACCAACUGGAAGAAAUAUUCGACAAGAUGCAAGAGGUUUCACUCCGAUUCAUCAGCCAUCUCGACGUAAUCGACAAGCAUACCUAAAAAUCAAGGUUUUUUGGUAAAAAUACGGGUCAAAAAUGACAAAUCGCAAAAGUCUUGACAGCAGGAUCCUCGGGGGAACAUGCUCUACAAGAUGCAACAGGAUUCAUUUCGAUUGGUCAAGCCAUAUCGGCGUAAUCGGCAGAUAUACAUAAUCAAAAUUAUGGUUUUUUGGCAAAAAAACGGGUAAAAAAUAACAAAUCGCAAAAAGUCGGGAUAAUGGGACCACGGGGGGGGGGGGGGGCCUCCACAAGAUGCAACAGGAUUCAUUUCGAUUGGUCAAGCCAUCUCGGCGUAAUCGGUGAACAAACAUUUAAAAAAAAAAAAAGUAUACAUGUCGAAUUGAGUAACCUCCUCCUUUUCGAAGUCGGUUAAAAAGCGAUAUCAACGGAACCUGACUCAUUGAACAAAGAAGUUGGGCUAAUAGAGAUACAAUAUGUAGGAAACAACUACAUAAAUAUUUUCAGAUUUAUUCGACCAAAGAUCCAGUUAGUGGAAUCUAUAAAAAUGAUAAAUAGAAGGACCGCUGAAAUCCGGUCCAAACACAUUAGGGGCGGCAGAGAGAUAUUUGAAACAUUUGAAGACAUGGACAAAAAAAGAUACAGUGUAAGAAUCCCACGCCGUACAGAAGAAAGAUGGGGACUGGUACGUGAAUGGGAUUAUUCACCUAAGGAACUUUUAGAAGAAAUAGUCCCCGGCCAAAAUGUGAAAGAGGUAGAAAGGCUGAAAAAGAGGGUAAAAACAGAUAAAGGCUUCGAAUACAGAAAUUCCAACUUGAUCCUUGUAAAAUUCAACGGAGGUAGCCUACCAACCAAGAUUCUCAUUUUUGAUGGUUACGUUAAUCUAACAAUAAGACCUUUUGUGAAGAAUAUCAAGCAGUGCUAUGGUUGCUUGAGAUUUGAUCAUGUGAAAAAAUACUGUAAGAGAGGACGGAGAAAAUGUUUUAGAUGCGGUAACGACUACCAUGAAGAAUGCACCAAACCUGAGAGGUGUGUAAACUGUGAAGAAGACCAUGGUUCAUUGGAUAGAAAAUGUAUUUAUGCACAAUUGGAGAUAGCUAUUACUAAGCUUAUGGCCUAUAAAAAUAUCUCGUUAGUGAAGCAAGGGAGAUAGCUAAAUUAGAACUGGGUAUCACAGAAAGGAGAAGACCCAACCCCCCCCCCCCCCCCAGAUUUCAACAACAGGCUAAACGACAAUGACUUUCCUAAACUACAACAUAUUAAAACCCAAGUAAAAAAUAUUGAGAAAUGGGAGAGCAGACCCUGCCCAAUUAGAACCUCGUAUUGGGACAGCGGAGCAGAAAUAAAACACAAGCAGAUGAAACUAAAAAAUAGAUACGAAGUCCUUAAAGAAGUAGGUCCAACAGAGACCACAGGUAUCGAACAAAGGAUCAAAAUAAACCAAUUGACGGGAGAUGAAAGAAAUGGCAAAAGUGAAAUAGCAUAUAAACUUUUAAAUAAGUCCAAGUUUAACAAAAACAGAAAUUUUGAUAAUAACGAUAAAGAUUGGGAGGAAUUGCUAGAUUGGAUAAAAAUAAAUAAUAGAAAGAACUUUAUAAUUGACCAACUUAACUCCAAAAGGAAAUUCCAAAAACCAUACAAUAAAACAAUAAAAGAAGGAAACAAGGACAAAAGAACCACGUAUACCAAACAAAAUUACAAUCACAGCGAAUCUCCCAAACAGUUUGAAGCAAGAGCUAACUCGCACAACAUCAACCAUGAAACACAGGAAGAACAUAAUUACAUGAGAAAAAACCAGGAGGAGCCAAAGAGGUAUCAAAGAAAUACGUACUCUCAGAGCUUACCAAUAUCAAGCCGCCAGAUGAGGGAGAGGGAUAACAAAGAUCUUUGUAUCCCACAAAGGAAGUCCUUUUUCAAUGAUUCUCAAUUAAAAGAAGAUUUCAAACACACCCCACCAAUACGAGUUGCAACCGAAACACCCAAGCUCGAUGAGGCCGGGGAAGGUAACGAAAAUAUGGAAACAGAACUAAAAAUAGGAAGACAAGAAGAAGUUACAACGCACGGUAAUGGCCAAACGAAGGAAAAUGAAAUAUCGGUAACAGAGGAAUACUCAGUUACUCAGAACAUUAUCGAGGAAUCCGAUUCAGAGACAUUUAAAUCUACGGACUCCUUAACAAAUAUAGAUUCAGUCUAGGGCUUCCCUCCAAAAAACAAUAAGGAGUAAACUAAACGGAGAUGAGACCAAACAGAAGACUGUAAUGAAAUAGCACAGGGAACACAAAACAUGUCGUAUUUUUUAAAAAUCGGGACCUGGAACGCACAUUCCGUGAGCAAUAAAACCACGGAGCUACAGUGAAUUAUACGCGAAUACGAUGUCCUAUGCGUAUGUGAGACGUGGAUGAAAGCUUACAGCGGGAAAGAUUUAAAAAACUAUAAAGUCCUUCACAACAAAACAGAGAACACGAACAAUAGUAGAUUAUCAGGUCAAUAUAUAGCAGCAGGGAAAGGUUUACUUAUAGUCUAUAAAAAUACAUUAGAAAUUAGAAUCAUAGAAGAAAAGUAUGUAGAAAAAAAAUACGAAUUUAUUAAUUUCACGAUUUCCGACGACCGCGGUCGGGAGAUAAGCGAUAUCAGACUAGUAUACAGAUCACCGCAUAAACAUUUAAAUAUACAGGGUUGGAGGAAUCUUUUUUGUGAUCGAUAUUUGAAAAACAUAAGAAGGGAGUGAAUGAGAUCGAAGCGAGAAAGUAUGUUCGGAUAUAAAGCAACCUGUAAAAAAAAAUGUAAACAAAAAUGUGAUGUAAUCAACUAGAGAAAGUAUUAGUGAAAUAGUUUUGAUAUCUGUAUAAACUGAUCACUUUAAUAAAAGAACUGAACUGAACUGAUGGCGCCACCGGCGCGGAAUUUAAAUUUUGGGGAGUUGCGUUGAGAACCGUGAAGUGGAUGGUAAGCGCCAACGAAGGUCCUGACAAAGUGAGAAAUUAACGCGGAAAUAAGCAAAGAAAAAUUCAAGGAAGAACGUCAUAAGGAAGCUAAAGGGGAGAAGAAGAGAUGAGGAGACGGGGGGUGCUGAAAGACGCUGUCUAAUACGGUUUUACCGUAAAAAACUGUAAUUCAGGGAACUAGAAGUGAAAAAAUAUUGUAGAAGGGCUAUGGAUAAUGAAAUGAAGAAGCAAACAGCGACGCCUAGCGGGCAACCGCGAUUGGUAGAUGUAAAGGUACUCGGUUCGCGAUCCGAAUUGGGAAGCAUGCAAAAUUGCAGUUUUUCGACUUCUCACGCCUUUUUCGGAAAAACCCGGGCGUUAGGUAUCAAGAGAUACCGGCGUGAGUAGCCGAACUUCGCGAAGUCUACCGCGGCUAGCUACCUGAAUCGCGGAGAGAGGCGUGGAUCGUCGGCGAGGAAAGGAAGCCUAGGGAGCCAUCUCCAUGGCAAGACGGGGCGAAUUGACACAGCACUCGUUAACUCUUUGGGGCACGGUGGGAUUAAAAGUGUCCCACCUUUUUGAUGGACCGUAAUGCAUGGUGGGACAUUUUUAAUCCCAUCUCGAAAGUUUGCAAUAGCUGCAUGUGUAUAGAUUUAUAUUUCGUCUUAUUUACGUAAAGCAGUUGAUAAUAUAUUCAUCUAAUGUUACAAAUGUAUGCACUUAUGUUGGCAACUUUGAACAUGCUAAUACCGGUUCAACAAUUGUUGUAAGCGGAAGGUUUAUUGUGAUAAAAUUUCUUUCCUGGUUUUAUGUGAAAAAUCGUAGAGGUAAGUUAAUUUAUAUAAAAAUUAGUUCUAUAUAAACAAGUGAAGUGUUUUAUAAUAAAAACUAAAGAUUAAAUUUGUUUGCAAAUAAUGAAAGUAUGGUGCGAUUUUAUUCGUCCCACCAUGCAACUUGGGGAGUAAUACAAAAAAACAUUGUGUUUCUUCAAUUCUACAAAAUUCGGUGUAUGCUGCCGAGCUGCCGUGCUAUCGAAGGUUACCGGGACGACCGGUAACCGACACGAGAACUACGUUUUAGUCAACACGUGUUCGCUUCGUUCGCGAUAGCCCAAAUUCCAUCGCAUUUCGCACAAAAGCGACUUUGGAAACGAUGUUCGGACAGUCAUGACGCGGUCGCGAAGGGCUCGACCUUCUCGGCGGGACUUGGUAACCAGCAGCGGUCAAAACACCACGCGCGUUACAACGUGUUCGCGACUAGAUGUUACUCGUUCGUUUAGAUGGUCUACGAAAUUACGAUUUAGAACUAAUUACGCUAAUCCGACCGACGGGGUGCUCGGCAGCCACCAGGUACCUCGAUUAAUCCAAAAUACCCUAUCCAAGAGCGUGAGGUAAAGGAGGAAGCGCUUACCGUACCGACUCGCACGUGUCUAUUCCGUUUCGGAAUAGAACGAGGUAAGCGUAGAGCUGUCGCAAAGACCGAAUAUUCAAGCGGCUUUCAAGCCGAGUUGGACU